CCCAAGAUGCUGUGGAACAUCCAGACUCAGAGCAAAGUGAUCACUUACGAAGGCUGCCUCAGCCAGAUGUAUUUUUUCCUACUCUUUUCAGGAUUAGAUGUCUAUCUCCUGACUGUGAUGGCCUAUGACCGCUUUGUGGCCAUAUGUCACCCCCUGCACUACAUGGUCAUCAUGAACCCCCAUCUUUGUGGACUGCUGGUUCUAGUGACCUGGAUCAUAAGUCUCCUGCAUUCCUUGUUAGAAAGCUUAAUGAUGCUGCAGCUGUCCUUCUGUACAGAGGUGGAAAUCCCCCACUUUUUCUGUGAACUCAAUCAGAUGAUCCAACUUGCCUGUUCUGAUACUUUUCUUAAUAACAUGGUGAUGUAUUUUGCAGCUAUGUUGCUGGGUGGUGCUCCCCUGUCUGGGAUCCUUUACUCUUAUGCUAAAAUAGUUUCCUCCAUCCUUGGGAUCUCAUCAGCCCAGGGCAAGUAUAAAGCAUUUUCCACCUGUACUUCACACUUGUCAGUUGUCUCCUUAUUUUAUUGUACAAGCCUAGGAGUGUACCUUAGCUCUGCUGCUACCCAGAGCUCCCACGCAAGUGCAGUGGCCUCGGUGAUGUACACGGUG